CUAAAUAAACGAAGGCCAUAAAGGGAAACAAUGUAUUCAAAACUGAGUGGAACAGAGCCGCAUUUUAGGCUCCUACUUGUCUUGCCCGGUGACAGAUCGACCGAUAUUCAAUGUCAACUUUUGGUGUCAUCGCUAGAUCAUCCACUGGAAUUUGAAGCCUUAUCAUACGUGUGGGGAGACGCAACAGACACUAUCCCCAUAUCCCUUCAAGGGCAGACACACAACGUUACAAGAAAUCUAUAUUCGGCACUCCAUCACUUGCGUUAUUCUGAUCGCGUCCGAACAUUGUGGGUAGAUGCCUUAUGUAUCAACCAAGAAGAUAUCGAUGAGCGAAACCAUCAAGUCCGACUCAUGGGUUGCAUCUACUCAGCGGCCAAGUGCGUGGUCGCAUGGCUGGGCCCCUCUUGUGACAAGGAUUUGGAAAUAAUACGCUUUAUUGAAACCGUAGGAGGAAACCAAAAUGUGCACUGGACUGAACUUGCCACCAGGGGUAUCGAUCCAUUACCCCUUUUUAUGUUCCUGAGAAACCGGUGGUGGGACCGUAUUUGGACGGCGCAAGAAGCAGUCCUAGCACGAAACUUGACGUACCAGCGUGGCUCUUGGACAAUUACUGGGGAAACUAUGAGUGGUAUGCUGAAUAGUUUCAACGUUCAUAUGUCAUCCUGCUGUAUUGACCUGGGGAAGGACUUAGGUUCCCAAAUGGGCUACUAUGACUUAAUGGGUCUCAUACGGAUUCAGCGUAACUUGGGCAGGGUUAGAAAUGGGAUAUACGGCAGAUCCUUUUGCCAAAUCGCCAAUCAUUUCCGGCAUAGAAGUGCAACUGAUCCGCGAGAUAAAAUCUACGGUCUGUUAGGGAUGAUCGAAGAUGCCGAGCAUAUCACAAUCGACUAUAGUUUAUCAGUGGAAAUGAUUUACGAGGUCUCUGCAAGAGAAAUCAUUACAAAGACCCGUAGCUUAGACCUUCUCAGCCAUCUGACGGAAACAUCCGAGGAACCCGGAGAACACGAAUACUCUCGGAAACAACGCACAAGAGCGACAAACCUGCCUUCAUGGGUGCCGGAUUGGAGUGACGAUUUCAAUACCUUCCAUGAUCCAUCUUUCAAUAUGGACAUCCGUAUUAGAACUCUAAAUCUUUUUAAUGCCUGUGGACCUUACCUCUUUGACGCGUCGAAUGGUGAUGAGCAGGGCUCUCUGCGAGUAAAGGGUAUCAACUUCGACGUCAUAGAGAACGUUAAUCCAGCAUUGCAAAAUUCUAAUACAGUUUCCGCCGAGGCUUUUCGAGAUUGGCGUAUCAUGGCUGGGAUAGAGGACGAACCUGACAAGUCAUAUCCAUCGGGGGGGACUAUUAUGGACGCCUUUUGGAGGACCUUGUCUUUAGAUCUUAGCAGCAGCAGAGGGACAUCUGAAUCUGGCAUUCCGUUUGAACGGGCAGGACCUGGUGAUCGGCCGAUUCAUGACACCUUCUGGUUUCUGUCGUUGUUGGCACUCUACAACAGGCCCAAAAGCGACCGGCUACCUGAGACAUUUCAAAAUCAAGAAGAGGGUAACGUGUUUUCGCAACAUACCUAUCAGACUACCUACAAUCGGCGGUUUUUCCUUUCAAAAAGGGGUUAUAUGGGUCUGGCUCCUAAAAACGCGAAAUCGGGCGACAUGAUAUGUGUUCUUGCCGGCGGACGUUUACCAUUUAUUCUAAGAAGUGCCGAGAGAGUAUCCGAGCAAACGAAAAUUGGUCUAGGAACUGAGAGUCAAUAUACUAUAGUAGGAGACGCUUACUUACAUGGCAUAAUGGAUGGAGAGGCCAUGAAAAAGAUCAAUGAGGGCGAGCAAAGUUUUCAGACUUUUCAGUUAAUCUAG